UUCACAUCGCCGAGGGAACAGCUUUCGUUUGAGGUUUCCAGUCAACAUACAUCUAUGUUCAAUGCGUGUUCUUUAGUUAUUCUUUCUUUUUUUUUUUUUUUUUGUCAAAUUAAUUUUUUACAUCUAAAUGGAAACUUAGAAAUAUCGUAAAACGAAGAAAGAAAUGUUCCGAAAUUAUAAAGGUGUUGUAGCAUGGUACAAUCCGGAGCAGUUCCGCAAGGUUUACCAUUCUUUAUACAGUAAUGAUCUUACAGAGAAACGAUGGGCAGUAGAUCAGAUUUCAGUAUGGGAAACACGGUGUCAUCCUUCAUUGCCCACUGCUGUAGAAGCUACUGCUGUAAUAGUUAGAGCUGUUAUUCAAGAUGCUUUAUUUGAAAGUAAUGCAACUCUUUGUCAAGAAAAUGAAAUUCAAAUGUUUUAUGCUAUGGCUCUUGUUAGGUUUAUAAAUUUGAUUUUUGAACUUCGUCAGAACUCAUUCAAUAAAAAAAGAUUGUCUGUCAUUGCAAAAAGACUGCGUAUUCCUGCAUGGAUAGUAGAAUUGAGAAAUUUUGCAACACAUUCGUAUCUACCAUCAUUGCCAGUUUUGCGUAAGGGUGCAAAAGCUGCUUUGGAUUACCUUAAUAGAACCUUUUGGAGAAAAGAAGCAAAACAUGUGCAAAGCAUUGUGAAGAUACCUGAUACAGAAGAUAUAGUUGAAUCUGUAGUUAGAACUAUAAAAGAGUUUCAAGCACAACAAUAUCAUCGGCUGUACAUUGAACGCAGUACAAAAGUUCGUGACAAAGCAACAAUUUCAGUUUUUAGUGAAAUGAAAAAACUUAUAAGGCAUUACAGGGAAAGAUUUAUUGAAAUUUUCCUACAGCCAGAUCUGUUUAUACUCAAUGAACAAGAUUUAGAAAAUGUCCUUUCCGAAGCAGAGAAGAUAUUCCUCUGUGAUGAUACGUAUUGUGAGUUACCCACAGCUUUGGAAGUAUUUUGGUUACCUGUUAUCCGAAGUUUACAUCAUUCAGAAUUAAUACCAGACUUUGUUGAACUCAUGUUACUUAAACAAACAGAUGAACUGAUUUGUCAAAAACAAGUAGUUGCAUGGGCAAUCAAAUUUAUACAGGCUGGUGUCUUUUUUUUUCCUGAAUCACAAAUGACUAACUAUUUUUUAAACAAAGGAGUAUCUUACAACUGGAAACGAUUGCUUUAUGCAUGCACAAAAAAUCCAUGCAAAUUUACCCCAUAUCUUUUGCCUGUCAUAGCAUCACAUGAAGAUUUAGAUAAGGAAUCUCUCAAGCAGAUAGUAUUACUUGUAGCUAUUUCUCAAGGACAAGCUGUUGAUGGUUGUUCCCAGCUUAUUAAUAACAGAGCCCGCCCUUUUACAUUGGAUGAAGCUAAAAAAUUGAAGGCUUUGGAAGAUAAGUUCCGACAAAGAAAUAAUCCACCUGAAGAAAGUAUAUGGUCUCUGGCACCUGAUGAUAUCGAUUACAGAAAAUUGCCUAUAGGUGCUAUAUUAAAUCCACUGUCUGAAGAUGCAGAGAGAAGUGCAGAUACCGCUGAUGAACAAAUGGAGGUGUCUACUGAUGUUUCCAAAAAUGAAAUUUCUGAAUAUUGUGAAGAUUUCAUUAUUACGUAAGUUUCAAAUUACAUUUUU